AUGGCUUACAUGAACGAUGUAGUGGUAUUUUCUAGGUCGUUCAGGGAGCACCUCAUUCACUUGCGUGCUGUUCUGAGUAGAAUGAGAGACGCUGGGUUGACAAUUAAUCCGGGGAAGGUUCAGAUUGCAUCCCCUAAGGUGGAUCUCCUAGGGUUUGUAGUGGAUCGUAACACACUGAGUCCGAACGAGGAAAAGUUGAGAGCUAUAAUCGAUUAUCCUCGUCCGCAUGACAUCAAGAGCUUGCAGAGGUUCUUAGGAAUGGUUGGCUUUUAUCGCCAGUUCAUUCCGCGAUGUGCGACUCUGGCUAAGCCACUUUACGAGCUGCUGCGGAAGAAUAUGCAGUGGUCUUGGGGUCCUAGACAGGAGGAGGCAUUUUCCUCUUUAACACAAGCAAUAGCGGAUACAGCUAGAUUUUGGUUGCCGGACUUGAAAAAGCCGUUCGUGAUGCAGACGGACGCGAGUGAUUACGGGGUUGGAGCAGUGUUACUGCAAGAGCAUGAGGGAGACUUAUGCCCUGUCGCUUUUGCAAGUCGUACACUCGCCCCGGCGGAAGGGAAUUAUUCCGUUACGGAGAAGGAGCGCUUGGCGGUGAUGUUCGGAUUGGAAAAGUUUGACAUGUAUCUGGAUGAGACGACUUUCACCAUUCAGACGGACCACCAGGCACUCGCAUGGCUGCAGCGGUUGAAGAAACCGACUGGCAGGUUAGCACGCUGGGCGUUAGCGCUCCAGGGUUAUUCGUAUCAGGUACAGUACCUGAAGGGUAGCACGAAUAAGGUGGCUGAUGCAUUGUCUCGUGCGCCACUGGGUUCCCGCUGUUCUGAUGCACAGAAGGAAUCCGAGUGGGAGGGCAGAGCUAUGCCCGGGGAUGAGUAUGAUGCUGGCCCGGUCGUACAGUCCGUACACGGGGGCCGAGCAGACUCUCUUGCGGUAAGCGAGGAGGGUGAAAGAGAGGCUGGUAGCACAGGUAAGUGUGUAAGUCUCCGGAAUGGUUGUAGAAGCCAGACCGAGAGGGGACAUCUCGUGGCGGCGAUUGGUUCGAAUCCCACGGGUAACUCCUCGGCUUGGGGAAGGGUCCUAAGCAAAGAAGAGCUCUUAGAGGCACAGAGAUCAGACGGGUUAUGUCAACGGGUGUCUGGAAAGCUGGCGGACAAUAGUGCAUCUGACACCGGGAACGUUGACAGGGAUUUUGAUGGCUGCCUGGACUCAUACUUGUUGAGUGAUGACGGGCUCUUGCUGCGAUACGUACCCGGCUUAGACGAGGAGGACGAGAGUGUUUCCCCUUUCAAGGUGGUGGUUCCAAGGAGACUGCGAAAGGUAUUUAUGCGGUACUUCCAUGACUCAGCUCUGGCGGGUCACGGAAGCGGCAGCAAAACUUAUCAUAAGUUAUGUCGUCUUGUGACUUGGCCGGGUAUGAGGCAGGAUGUUCUGCGCUUUACGCGUAGCUGCCUGUUAUGUCAGAAGGGAAAGCCUCGAGGUGGUAAGCCUCCUGGCAUGUUGCAACCGGUAGUUAGUAGCUACCCUUGGCAUAUCGUAGCGUGUGACGUGAUGGGACCAUUUCCGAGAAGUCCACGCGGGAACCAGUACCUGUUGGUGGUCACUGGUCGUUUCUCUAAGUGGGUGGAGCUAUUCCCGCUUAGGAAGCUGGUGUCGGAACGGAUAUGGGACCGGCUGCUUGAGACAUUCUUACGGUUCGGGUUUCCGUCCCAGCUGAUUACGGAUAAUGCUUCCUACUUCACAGGAAGGGUGUUCGUCGACUCCUGUGCGGCCCUAGGGAUCCGGCACAAGAGAACGACUCCAUAUCAUCCCAGGGCGAAUAUCACGGAAAGGGUGAACCGCAACCUUAAGAGCAUGUUGGUGGUGUUAACCGACAAGCAUAAGGAUUGGGAUGAGCGUCUACCUGAGUUGGGCUUUGCAACCAGGACGACGGUGAAUAGGUCGACAGGGUUUUCUCCUGCGUACCUGAACUUCGGGAAAGAGAUUAGUUUUCCGAUGGAGAACUUGCUGAGACAGACCACGCUGAUUGCUGGUAGCCUGUCGAAGUACGCGAACGAGUUGCGUAGCCGGCUCUCGGAUGCGGUGACUUGCGCAAGAGAGAGCCUAGACACCGCUCGCACUGAUCAGGCGCUUCAGUACGACAAGGGGCGUCGUGCCCUGUCGUACGAAGUCGGGGAUUUGGUCCUAAGGCGAACGCAUCCACUGAGCAAUGCUGCGAUGGGUUUUGCAGCAUCGUUGGCUCAGCGUUGGGAGGGGCCAUUUCGGGUAGUAUCCCGGGUAUCCCGCCUGACAUAUCGAAUCCGCCGUGUGGAAACGGGGGAGGAGGCUGGUCCCGUUCAUGUUGGUGAUUUAAAGCGCUACCAUGAACGCGAUCAGGGGGCUGACUGUGAGGGUGACGAUGUGCCCAGAGAGCCGAAACAGAACUCGGGGGGUUUACACCCGAGGCGGCGUGCUAGGACGGUUUGUUCCACCCGCGGCGGAGCACGGGAAGCGGGACAGCGGUCGCAUGCAUACAAUUUGCGCGUUCGUUGA